CAAAGGAGGGCGUAGGGAGCCCGUCGCUAACACCCGCGGACGCCCAGGGUUCGUCAGUCGUUGUCAUUCGCGAUACGAGCAUGGUUCCCCGCGUCUUCUUUGUCCUUCUAGUCCUCGUCGCUGCCGUCGCCGCCACAGCACCGGCGGCGGCGAUUUGCCAUGCGUGCGCGACGACCGGCCGCUGCGCCGAUGUCAAGUACUGUGGUGUGUGGCCGACGACCGGCGCCUGCUGCUGCAACCUCGAUGCCGUGUGCCCUGUUCCGACGCGCGACGGAACGUGCGAGUGCCGAGAAGCGGCGGCAACGCCGUCGACGCUGCCGUGGUUCGUCUUCCUCGUGUGUUUCUUCAUCGGCAUGCUGCGGCUCCUCAGCGAUAACCCUAUCGAGGCGGGCGUAAGCCCCGUCGCGACGGCCCUCGGGUACUCCUUUUAGCAGCACGCACACCAAGUCCUACUAACGUUACUAUAUGUUCUCUCUACUUCCG